AUGCUUAGUCGCCAUGCCUGGCCCGUGAUCGUGGUCAGGACAAUCUUUGCCGUGGCCACCUUCAUGCUAGGCAGUGUGUGUCUUCGAUUCACCCAAGGGUUGGCCUGGUUCUUUUUGUAUAAGAAGAAACCAGCCUACCAUGCCAUGAUCAACUUGACCAAGCACCAAUUUGUCCAGCUACUAGCGUUUCUCACCGCCUUGAUCAACCCUUCCAAAGUGUCCGUCACGUUUGAUAAAGCGGCCCUCCCGGAAACGACGUCAUUUAGAGUAGACAGCCAAGGCAACUUGAUUUCGAGUGUUCUGCCGAACAGCGUGUGGAUCUGCAACCACCAGAUCUAUACCGACUGGUUGUUCUUGUGGUUUUUGUGCUACACUGCCCGCUUCUCUGACUGUGUAUACAUUGUGCUCAAGGCUGCCUUGGCCAAGAUCCCUGUUUUGGGCCAGGGAAUGCAGAACUACAAAUUCUUGUUUUGCUGA